GAAGCACAGCCCCUGGCUUGGUCUUUCUGUUCUCUGCAUUUGGCUUUGUUGCUCUUUCUGUUUUUCUGGCCCACACCAGUACCGUUCCUUCUCUCACAGCCUUCCUUCUACUUCAGGCCCUGUGACAAGGCUGAUGGGGUCUGUGGACUAGGGCCUUGGGACUUGCAGCCGCAGGUGGCCUCAAGCCAAAGGAGGGCGGAGAACAUAGGGCGGGACUGGCCACAGGGACGACCUCAUAAAGCCUGGCCAGGAGCACAGCACUGUCUGGAGGAGUCCUGGAAGGGCACUUCCCCCACAGACCUUGCACGCCCUGAAGGGGCUCUCCUUUGGCGUCAUGCGCCGGAACCCUCCUGCAGCUCCGAGCUUGGCACUGGUUCUACGCUUGCUGGCUUUGCUGAGACCCUCUGGGCUGGGCGAGGCAUGCAGCUGUGCCCCUGCGCACCCACAGCUACACAUCUGCCGUUCUGCACUGGUGAUCCGGGCCAAAAUCUCCAGUGAGAAGGUAGUUCCUGCCACUGCAGACCCUGCUGACACUCAAAAAAUGAUCCGGUAUGAAAUCAAACAGAUAAAGAUGUUUAAAGGGUUUGAGAAAGUCAAGGAUGUUCAGUAUAUCUACACACCUUUUGACUCUUCUCUUUGUGGAGUGAAACUAGAAGUUAACAGCCACAGACAGUAUCUUCUGACUGGCCAGGUCCUAAGUGAUGGGAAAGUAUUCAUCCAUUUGUGCAACUACAUCGAGCCUUGGGAGGACCUGUCUUUGGUGCAGAGGGAAAGUCUGAAUCAUCACUACCACACGAACUGUGGCUGCCACAUCACUACCUGCUACAUAGUACCCUGUACCAUUUCGGCCCCCAAUGAGUGCCUGUGGACAGACUGGCUGUUGGAACGAAAGCUGUAUGGGUACCAGGCCCAGCAUUACGUCUGCAUGAAGCAUGUUGAUGGCACCUGCAGCUGGUACAGAGGCCACCUGCCCCUCAAGAAAGAAUUUGUUGACAUCAUCCAGCCCUAGUACGGACUAGAGACCCUCACAUGCUUUUAAGAGUGCUGAAGACCAAGCUAGUCCUUCCUCAUGGAGCUCUAUCACCACCUGGCCAGUUGCUGCCAGCCAAGUGGACAGCCUGGCUGGCAUCACAGCGAGGGUGAAGUGCACAUGUUAGAGCUUGUGCCCAAGACCUCAGCCCAUGGCCUGUCAAGAGCUGGGGAAGGCAGCUUGACUUUUCUGUUAUGCUCUCAGGCCUUCUCUCCUCUCAAAUUCCAUUAAUCUAGUUUAUAUUUGUUACUGAAAGUUCUGAUUCUGGCUUAGUUUGUUUUCAAAAGCCAGAACUGCUCCCUUUCUCUCCACAACAAUAUGUGUUUCCUUCCCUUAACUGACCUGAAAGAGGAGAAAAGGAAUUUUAUAUACAAAGAUGAUGUGACCUUGUGAUUUGCAGUGCAGAGGGGUGGGGUUGAUGGUAUUAUAAACAGGUUGACUGGCAGGAAUGAAAUGAACAACUUAUUAUAGCUGUGUAUCUUCUACUUCUCUUGUCUCAGUGGUCCUAAUCCUCUGAUACCCCUUCAUCUCCUUGGGGCACAGAAUCAAUUGAUUUGAAAGCUAGGACAGCCUAACCAAUCCCUAUACUGCAACCCCCUCAGCA